AUGGUCACAUCGGACAAAAAGGCCAUGUAUGUUUCUGGCGGAUUUUGCCGGCUUACGGGUGAGCUUGAUUAUGACGUUUCCGUUGAGGGCACUCAUUUCAAGGGAACAUGCUACCUUACCAACCGCCCAAGGCUUGACUUGAUUGGCCUCGACUGGAUCGAAAAACGCGGUCUCCUGGACGUGCCACUUAACCACUUUUUCAAUGGUGUGCAUUCAACUCGGCCCAGUCUCGCCAAAUCAAAUCAGCUGACAACAAAUCUGAUGUCAACGCCCCCACCUGCCAAGGUGCCUAAGAAGAAGAAAGAGGAGGAACCAGGAGAUAAACCGCCAGCGGCUUUCGAGCCCCAUCAAUUAUAG